GGAGCCCGUAAGGAGGGGGCGCGCGGGGCUUCUCCUCAUUCCGGGGCGCGCGCCGCGUCGGUUUGCUGGUCCGGCGACGGGGGCCGAGGAGGGUCACUUCGCCUCAUGGAGCCGGGCGCCCGCCACCGCCGCCGCCUGCUGCUGCACGACCCGGCGAGCUUAACGCUGCCGCCGGCGGGAGCCGAGACGCCCCUCGCCCGCCGGAGGAGCCUGGACUGUGGCGGCUCAAGUGAAUGUUGUAUGCAGAUGUUGGAAGCAAGAAAUGCCAAUUUGAAAAGGACCUCUUCUUCUGAUUCUACAGAUUCAGGCUGCUGCAUGGAUUCUCCCAUCCUGCUUGGCAUGAAAGACCUUGAGGAAACCUUUCGACUCCCCAUGAGAAGAAUGUGCUCCCUCCCGCACAGCCUUCUGGGGUCCAGUCCUGCCCUGAAGAGAAGCCACUUGACUCUCCCGGACUGUGAUGUUUUCCAGGCCUUUGGCCCGGACGACAACAAAGAGAAUGAGCACUUUGAAUUCAAGAAACCAACAAGACCUGCCUCUCGUAGCUCUCUGCGUCUCUCUUCUCUUGAAGAUGAAAAAGAUGCUUUGGAACUGAGACGGAAGUCAAAUACAGCAUUUAUGUUCUGCAGUGGCCAGAAUGUUGAAAAUGAAACUGAUAGCCCUGCAUUCCUGCGGCAGCAGUCCCGAAAGGUCUCGGAAACAGAAGACGAUGAUGGAUUUUUAGAGAUUAUGGAUGGCCCCGAUAGCACAAAUAAUGAAGAGAUGCCUUCUGACAUGGCGAGCCUCUGGACCGCUCCUCUGGUUGUGGCUAAAGGGGAGGAUCUGCAGAGUCAGCAGUACAAACUCUGCAGCGUGGAAAGCAAGCCCUGCAGCCUGGGUAAGACAGCCUUGAAAAGAAUGGAGAGGGUCCUGGAAGAGAGCGCCCCAGGCUUCAGCAAGAGGAGGAGAAGUGCCCAGGCAGGACUUUCAGAAGAACCGAUGAGUCCAUUCUCCUCCUCGUCUUCCUCUUUAGAGAUAGGGAAUGUUUUGGAUAGUGACCAAAGGGACCUUAUUGGAGAUUUUUCAAAGGUUUAUCUGUUCCACACCGUUGAUGGCAAGCAUCAGGAUCUGAAGUACAUUGAUCCAGAAAUGAUUGUGGCAGUUUUGAAUGGCAAGUUCUCUAUAUUCAUAAAGGAGUGUGUAAUCAUCGACUGCAGAUUUCCCUACGAAUAUGAAGGCGGUCAUAUAAAGGGUGCUAUAAAUCUUCACAUGGAGGAAGACGUUGAAGACUUUUUGCUCAAAAAGCCUAUUGUGUCAUCUGGCGGCAAGCGAGUCAUUGUUGUUUUCCACUGCGAGUUCUCAUCGGAACGGGCCCCCCGGAUGUGCCGAUUUGUAAGAGAAAGAGACAGGCUUGGCAACGAGUACCCGAGUCUGCACUACCCAGAGCUCUAUGUCCUAAAAGGGGGAUACAAGGACUUCUUCCUCAAAUGCAAGAGCUACUGUGAGCCGCAGGGCUAUCGGCCCAUGCACCACAAGGACUUCAAGGAAGACCUGCGCAGGUUCCGCACAAAGAGCCGAACGUGGGCAGGGGAGAAGAGCAAGAGGGAGCACUACAGCCGCUUGAAGAAGCUCUGAGCUCCGGGGGUUCCGCCAGCUGGAGCUGGGCCAGAGGGACACACGGGGACUUGUCUUGGGGGGUGGAUUGCUCUGCACGGCCUUUCCUUUGCUCCUGGAUCAGUUCUGCAAGCCUAGAAGGAGAGCGUGGACUGCCACAGGUCGGGCCCCGGGCGGUUAGCGCUCCAGCUGUGAAUCCUGGAAUUUCCUAUGGACUUCGAGACAAUCCAUGGAGAAGUAUAGAUGGGAAGCAGAAGGAUGUAACUGCAUUGUGCAGUCGUAAGAUUUUAAUGGAUUUUAAAACUCUGCUUUUUGUAUUUUAAUAUAGUCAGAUGAAGCUAAUUUACCUUUGUGGUACAAGCUGUGCUUGGUUUUCCAAAGCCUAGCAUUUGCUCUCCUGUUACUUAACUAAACAGUAAGUGCUUAGCUACCAAAAGAGCAACUUAAAAAAGAAAAAGAAAAAAGAGCAGCACUAGUUGAAAGAUUUUGAAGGUGUUCCUUGGUAUAAACCAACACCGGAGGCAGAAGCAGAGGCUAUGAUGCUAGCCGGGUAUCUUGCUUUUUUGUGUGUGCGUCCACAUUUUACAUGACGCUAAACCAGAGGUUACUACUACAACUACAAGUGAGACAAGCUGAAGCUGUGCUUAGGCUCCCGAGCCAAAUUCAGGAUCCGUAUGCAAACUGGUCCUAUUUUGUCAUGAACUUUAAGUUAAGCCAACUUGGCUUGAGAUUGCUUAACUAAUCAAGGUUUGUGUUACUGGUUCUCAUACCCCUAGAAGAAAGUGACGUGAACUUCUGGUUACAGGGUAGUCAGAGAGAGAAAGCCCAAGCCUUUGUCUCAUGCUUGUUCCAGUAGCCCUAAAUAAAGGUUUGGUGUUAUAUGCAAAUUGGGCACCAAUGUCAGUAUUAGAAGUCAUUUUUCAGCCAGCCAGUGUGGUUGGAGGAAUUUUUCAGGAGGUAUUGUGUAAGCUUCAAUUUUCCUUUUGAGGGGCAUUUGCAACAAAAGCUUACAAUGAGAAAGUAUGCUCUUUAGCCUUUGCAUUAAUGUCUGCAUCAGACCUAAAAUGCUACCUCAGUUUAUUUAGACGGUGUCACUAGUCUGCUUCUCGGUGCAGGGGACCUGCGUUUAUCCCUCAGAAUUGAACUACGCCUGCGAACCAUGCUGCGGGGCAAGCCAAGGCAGCUGUUCACCCGGGAGUGAGGAAGUGCGCUGCCUUGGGGGUUUGGACUGCUUGGAUUGGCAGCGGGGAUGAUGGCACGGAGCCCAGCUUCUCCCGGUUUUCUGAAAGGUAUUUGUGGGUUGCAAGGAAGCACUUCUGUGGUUUCCUCGCUGCUUUCUUCCUGAAAACAUUCCCAAACCCACUUCCUGGUAUUGAGCAUAUGUAUUGUUUGAGGUGCAGUUUGUCUUACUGAUUUGACAUUUGCACAUAAUUGUAUUCAAAUCUAGGAAAAAUAACAUGCUUUUAAUGUAUUGUAAAUAGUAUUAGAAGGUGAGGAAAAUGUAAAUGACAAUAAGGGUCCAAGAAAAUGACCUCUUUUGUGGCUCAGCAAAUAAAUUGCCCACGAUUUCAAA